GCCGGUUGCAGCGGCGCGGGUAACAGAAGUAAUGCGACAUGAUACACGCACCGGUAUCGUGAAGUGACUGUCGUGCAGUAACAAAUCUAGCAGCGUCAUGAAGCUAGUAAGAUUUUUGAUGAAACUCAGUCACGAGACCGUGACGAUAGAACUGAAGAAUGGUACUCAGGUUACCGGUACGAUUACAGGUGUGGAUGUUGCGAUGAACACACAUUUGAAAACGGUGAAAAUGACGAUAAAGAACCGUGAGCCGAUUCAGUUGGAGACGCUGAGUCUCAGAGGGAACAAUAUCAGGUAUUACCUCCUGCCAGACUCGCUUCCUUUGGAAACGUUGCUGAUUGACGAUACACCAAAAGCCAAGGCCAAGAAGAAAGAGGCUGCAAGAGGUGCUGCUCGUGGCAGAGGACGUGGUGCCAGGGGCGGCAGGGGUGGCAGAGGUGGCCGUGGUAGAGGAAGAGGCAGGCGAUAGUAAUAUUAAGUGUACUCCACUCAGAUAUUUAAUACAUAAACUUUUCUACUUUCACGAAAGCAAUCAGAACACUAUCAAGAACGUAUCUAUAAAAUACUGUUUCGUUGACGUAGCCUCAAUGCUAAAUUUCAAGAUGUGAUGAUAGAUAUUUUACUCUUAGAUUGAAAUGUAACAUGCGCCACUACAGGCAUUCCCAUAUUUUAACUUUGUGUGUCGAAACUUGACUUUAGUAUCGGUAAAAUGUGGAGAAAUUUAUAUAACGCUUAGUUAUAAUUUAUAUAAAUGUUCGCUCCCUUCAGGUAAUAAAAAUUCGUAAUUUGUAAAUUCAUUCGCUUCAUAAAGUUGUAUUACUGGUCUUGGUUUUUUGGUCUUGUAAUAUCUUUCCUGGAAUGCAUUAUCGAUAUAAAUCUGGCAUACACUACUAACAACAUGAUAGCAGUAUUAAUUACAAAUUCCGAUGGAAGAAACAAUAUUAGAGGGCACUUCUAUGUGUCGUAAAAAAUCAUGUCAGUACAAAUUACUCUUAUUUCAUAUAAAUCGCGCGAUGCUAUUGUAAAACGACUGCUCAGUUAAACUAGAAAGAUAAGAUGUCGUCUGUAAUUGAAAUGUCUUAGAACGCGUUCUAAAUAAAAAGAUAAAAGAAUUAA